GGCAACAUGGCGUCGUCAAAUGUCCACGUCCGAAUAUGUGAACAAGAAAUACUCAAAUACGACUUGGAAAUCAAAGCUCUCAUCCAGGAUAUCAAUGAGUGCACGGGCCCUCAGAACCAGCUGACAGAACUGAACGCAGAGGUGAAGAAGAGUUUUCACAACCUCAGAUUGCGGAUUCAGGAUUUAGAGCAGAUGGCGAUGGAGCAGGACAAAGAGUCCGACAAACAAGGCUUGAUCGGUCAGGUGGAGGGACACAAAAAACAGAUGCUGAGUAACCAGACGACUUGGAGGAAAGCCAACCUGGCCAGCAAACUGUCCAUCGACAAUAUGGAAAAGCAGGCGCUUCUUAGUGGAUCAGAUAGUGCUGCGAGACAGCGCAAGAUGACCAAAGAGGGGCUGGCCCAGACAAGCAGUGACAUUACAGAGAAUCUGAUGAGCAUCAGCCGGAUGAUGGCCCAGCAGGUUCAGCAGAGCGAGGACACCAUGACAUCACUAGCGACCUCCUCAAGGACGAUGCAAGAGACCAAUGAGGAGUUUAAAACCAUGACGGGGACCAUCCAGCUUGGGAGGAAACUCAUCACCAAGUACAACCGCAGGGAGCUCACUGAUAAGCUGCUCAUUUUCCUGGCGUUGGCCCUCUUCCUCGCUACAGUUCUCUACAUCCUUAAAAAGAGGCUGUUCCCCUUCUUGUAGACCAGGUUUCUUUGAGGAGGCUCCACCAUAACCACAUACAGUACUUUCCCAUGGUCAGCACAAAUGAUUUAAACAACUCUGAAUGCUCCGUGUCAUAUUACACACACAUUACACACCAGUGUCUCCUCACUGGAAUGUGGACUGCUCACUGGUUAAACUGUGCCACUUCUGAGGGGGAAAUACUGUCCGUACACACCUAUAGCUCCAUGCAGCAUUCCUUCCAAACAUUUUGCUCUACAUAGGAAAUUAUAUAUUCUUCUUAAAGAGGAUGUAAUGUUGGCGGCACACAUUGCCAAGAUUAUGUUCAGUUAGUGUGGCAGUAAUGCUGUGCAUUGCUUUUUAUAGUCAGAUGUAAGAGGACCUAUGUUCAUCUUUUCUUCUUUACAUUCCUUAUAAACACCCAGUACUGCAUUCACAUACUUAUCUAAUAUGUGCAGUUCAUAUACUCGCAGAUUGAAGUAUAGAAAAUGAAUUUCAACUGUCAGACACCUCAAAUAUUUUCUUCAGAUGUAGCUAAUAUGAUGUUUGCAGAUAAUUUGCUUACAGCUGUAAAACUCAUAUUUAACACACACACACACACACA